ACACCCACCAACAUCCUCCUCCUCUCUCUGGCUGUCUCAGAUUUUCUUGUGGGCCUCCUGCUGAUGCCAGCAGAAGUGACAAUGUGCUGGAUGUUUGGUGACCUUUUGUGUUCUCUUUAUAGGUUUGUGUCCGACAUCAUUUACUCUGCUUCAGUCGUAAACAUGGUGCUCAUAUCAGUUGACCGCUAUGUGGCUAUUUGUGACCCUCUGCAUUACACCACCAGAAUCACUGUGAAUAGAGUUAGAGUCUGUGUUUGUCUCUUAUGGUUCUGUUGUGUUGCCUCCAAUACUUACUUCUUUAAUUUACUUCUUAUUCAACAAGAAAACACUUAUCACUGCUAUGGACAUUGUCUGAAUUUAACGCACAAGGCCGGUGCCGUCCUUCAACUUGUUUUAAACUUUAUUGUUCCUGUCACUGCCAUUAUAGUUUUAUAUUCGAGAGUCUUUGUUGUGGCUGUGUCUCAGGCUCGUGCCAUGCGCUCUCACAUUACAGCUGUCACAAAGCAGACUUCAGUGACUAAAACAGCAAAGAAAUCUGAGCUGAAAGCAGCCAGGACUCUUGGUGUUUUGGUAGUUGUGUUUCUAAUGUGUUUCACACCAGUUUACUUUGCAGCUUUAACAAGAUAUGAAUCCAUGAGUAAUUCAACUAUUUCCUUUAUUAUGUAUCUAUACUAUUUUAACUCUUGUCUAAACCCUCUGAUUUAUGCCUUGUUUUACCCCUGGUUCAGGAAAACAGUUAGACAUAUUGUUACUCUUCAGAUACUGCAGCCUGGCUCCUGUGAGGCCAACAUACUGUAGAGAAGCUAUGGAAGGAUGAUGUCAAGAAAUUGGUGAGAACAAAAUAAUAUUUCUGUGUUUUUUCUCCUCUGCUAUGUUUUUAUUCAUUUUGAGUUUUCAAUGUCACAUUUCAUAAUAUAUUUUUAGAAAAGAAAGAUAUAAUCUGCUCAUCUAUCAGAAGUGUUGUUAAUCUGUAGAAGAGCGUGAAGUCAAGAGAUAACCUUUUUGAACUGUUGACUCCUUGUUGACUAUU